AUGACCAACCUACGCCGCCAGGUCUUCCCUGUAACACCUCCUCGACUUUCAAGAUGCUUCAACCCAACACCUUCCAAUGACCACCAUUCCUCGAACUCGAACUGUUCUCAUCACUCUACGACAUCAUUGCAGCAUCGUGUGCGCAACAGUAAGCACAAUGGGUCAUCGUCACGCAGCAGCAGCUCUUUUGCUAUGCCGACACCUCCUUGUUCUCGCACCGAUAUGCAACAACCUUCCAACUCGUUCCUCAGGGGUCAACAACCUGAACCUGAUACUACAACAACUUCAUCUUCAUCCUCGCAACCAUCGAAUACAUAUGGCAUCAAUGCGUAUCCAGGGCUACUUUCUUAUGUGGCGAAUGAGCUGAGACGGCGUAUCAUCCUCAAUGAUCGUGAAAAGGAUGGGAUCGAAUACAAAAAUACGUUCACUGGACAAGAUGGUGUUGAUAAGAUCCUUGCUAUCAUUUGUUCAAAAGAUCGGCACUUGGCGGUACGAGUGGGCCGAGCACUUGACAGUCAGCAUUUAUUUCACGAUGUGGCGUAUGAGCGGCACUUGGUUGAUUCCCCUUCAGAAAUCUAUCAAUUCAACGAUCGAGUUCUUGUGCCAACGAAUACUCGAGACAGCGAAUCACCUGAAAUACCACCCGCUACUACUACACGAACUCCAACACCCACAACAACUGAUGAUCCAUUCUAUGAUGAAGCAACAACAACAACAGGUUUAUUUGAUGAUCAUGGUGGUAUUGAAGCAACAGCAGCAACCAACUAUGACUUUCCUAGCGGCGUAUUCGUUGAUUUGACACGUUGCUAUACUCCAGCAUGCAUGUUUGAUGAAUCACCUUGCUACAGCUAUCUAUGUCCAAAACGCCUAGCUCUCACACGACAAGAACGGGAUCAGAAUAGUUCAAAUUUGGAACGAUCCUCUCUUUCUGCCAGCUCACUUCAAUAUCAACGACCACGUGAACUAUGGAUUGACACUGUGGACCCCCAUGUUCGACAAUCGAUAUCAACCGCUGAAUGGAAGCGUCAAGAGGCCAUUUUUGAGCUGAUUUUCACCGAGGAUAACUUUGUUCGCACCAUGGAAUAUGUGAAUGAGAUGUGGAUUGAACCUCUCAGUCAUUCCGAAUCUAUCAUUCCGGAUUAUGGCAGGCGGCAUACCUUCAUCCAAAAUGUAUUCUCCAAUAUCAUGGCCAUUUAUCAAGUGCAUGUCCAAUUCCUUGCUUCACUUCAAGAUCGACAACGAGAACGAUGCAUCGUGGAAGAGAUCGGUGAUAUCGUAUUGGAAUUCGCAGACUAUUUUGAUCUCUUUGUUGAUUAUGGAGCAAGUCGAUAUCAAGCCAGAUUUAUCUUGGAGCAUGAGCGAAUGACAAACAUAGCUUUCUCUAAUUUUGUUGUGGCAACUGAAGAUCACCCAGCGUCUCGAAGAUUACAACUGAAUGGCUAUUUAUCCCAACCCACAACACGGCUAGGACGAUACACGCUGCUCCUUGACGAGAUCCUCAAAUACACACCAUGCGAUCACCCAGAUCAAGUCACCAUCCCAAAAGCCUUGGCACGUAUACGCAGCACGCUUUGGAGAAUGAAUACAAGAACAGGAGAGAGCAAGAAUCGAUUCGACUUGCAAAGGAUCAAUGCCCAUCUUCGUUUCAAGAACCCAGUAGAUAAAGUGGAUCUCCAUCUCCUUGAUCCCGAACGCAGGAUUGUCAAAGAGGAUCGACUCACCAAAUCUCCCAAUCCUGGUUCCACAGAAUACCAAGUGAUCCUUUUGGACAAUUAUUUAUUGAUUGCUCGAAUCAAGGUGCAACAUGGAGUACCACAUUAUAUUAUCCAACGUCGUCCUAUAUCUAUCAUAUGGCUCAGUGUAUCAACGACCGAACCAAAACAGCCUGCAGCACCCGUUUUACCCGUUUUACCUGGUGGUAUAGCUGCAAGCAUUGGACCUCACAUGGCUCAUCAUCCUAUCAUCAAUCAUCGUCCCAGUGCCAUGUAUCGACGCCAUUCAAGCCUAAAGACCUAUGCCAAUCAACACGCGUAUCCAAUUACGUUCCAUCAUAUGGGUCGUCGAGGAUCCGGAAGUUUUACGCUCUUCUCACCUUCAGCCCCUGCACGUAAACCAUGGCUUGAUAAGAUCCACGAGCUCCAAUCAUCCAUGAUCCGAUCUACAGCUGUUUUCAACUCUAUCCCAGCUAUUAAGGAAUCCGAAAUCUACAUCACCGACAAGGCCAACCAUAUGGUUACGUUUAAUGAUGGCCGUCAAUACGUUCUGGCAACCAGCGCCGGUGUCUUUGUGGGUCAUAAUGAACCAGCAAGUGUCUCACACAAAAUCCUGGCUGUGGAACGCGUAUCACAAAUUGAGGUCUUGGAAGGGGCACAAAAGCUACUGGUGUUGGCGGAUCGGACCCUUUGGGAAUAUGCUUUGCAGGUGGUGAACAAUAGCGUUGGAUGCGAUAAGCGCCGAAAGCAAAUCCAAUCCUCUGUUCCUUUCUUUCAUGUGGGUCAUUGUCUUGGAACAACGUUGGUGUGCAUCCCAAAGGGCACUUUUUCCUCACGCAUCGUCGUCUACGAGCCACAAAAAUUGGAAGACUACAGCAAAAAGCAGAAACGGGCAGGUCGUGUACCUAAUCCUUUGGAUCUACCUUUGAAGAAAUUUGGCGAGUAUCAUGUGCCAAGCGAGAUAUGGGAUAUUGAAUUGUCGAAUACCAAGAUGUUUGUCACCACACCACGCGGCAUUAUCAUUCUCAGUAUACGCGACCCCAAAAGUAUCAUGCCCAUGAGUUUGUUGAAUUACAAUGAUCCUUUAUUAUCCUUCAUUACUAUUCGUGAAAGAGAUCAACUAAGAACAAUACCAAAACGUAUCAAUUUCUUUCGUACACCCGAUGCACAACACAUUGUAUGCUACGAUGAAUUCGCAUUCUACAUUGAUGGCCAAGGAAAUCGUGCACGACCCGAGUUUUUGAUCGAGUGGAAAGGGACACCUGAAUCGUUUAUUUUCAGCUAUCCAUACCUUUUGGCCUUUGAACCUAAUUUCAUCGAGAUCCGUGACAUUUUUACGGGCGAGCUUGUGCAAGUGAUACGAGGAAAGAACAUCAAAUGCCUCACGUCCCAUCAUCUUUAUCGAUCCAAGGUACCCUUUAUAUUCGGCGCCAUGACCGACCCAAGCAACGAUUGCGUUCAAUACAUCUUUCGUCUUGAUCCCAUUGUAUCCUCCCGCAAAAGUGCACCUCCCGCUUUAUUAUCAUCUUAA